UGCUUCACUGGGUUUUAGUUUUUACUGGUGUUGGUACCUUUGUGUGUCAUACCAGAGUAUUUCAAAACUUCAAUUGCUUCUGCUUUGCAGGAUAAUAUGACUCCAAAAGGACUCCCUCCUUUCCCAGGAGUCCCUCUUAUGAGCACCCCCAUGGGAGGCCCUGUACCACCACCUAUUCGAUAUGGACAACUGCCUCAGUUCUGUGGACCUUUUGGGCCUCGGCCAAUUCCUCCACCCUUUGGCCCUGGUAUGUGUCCACCACUAGGCUUAAGAGAAUUUUCAGCAGGAAAACGGGACCUGCCACUCCACCCUCAGGAAUUUUUACCAGGACAUGCACCAUUUGACCUUUAGGUCCUCUGGGCCCAAGAGAGUACUUUAUUCCUGUUACCCGAUUACCACCCCCAACCCAUGUUCCCCAGGAUUACCCACCACCACCUGCCACAAGAGACUUACUGCCACCA